GCAACCUACGGCGACUGUGUUCAUCCGCCUUGUUCUCCGGCUCUCCGAUCGAGCCAUGCAUGCCAGAAUUAGGCGAAUCUCAGGCAAUGCAUUGGUGGCGAAGCGCAUUCAUCUCUUCCGCCACGUCAUCUUCGCCGUCCUCUUCCGCCAAGGUACAUGCCGACGAUAGUUUGAUCGUGGCCAGCGGUGGAAAGCAAACCCUAAAAUGGGCUUUCUUGUUAGGCCGCAGCCGUAGCCGCAGCCGCGGCCGCCCCUCUGAUGGCGGAGCGAAUUGCCACCAUGUCGUUUGCCAGGAUAUAGAUGCUUGUAUCCCGAGCAGGGAAAGCUCCUGUGAGAAUUGGCGGGCCCGCACGUCUUCCUCUGUGGCUCAGCCGUCUCCCCUGCCUCUCCCUGUACCUGAUUCCAUCUCUAUUUCUUGUAGCAUCCCUCUGCCUUCCCCAAAGAAUUUGCAUUUCAAUCCCAAAGACAGAGAUGUUAUAAGAGAGAAAGCCGAUUCUAACCCUUCUCCCAAUAAUGAUGGGCAUAGAGAUGAGGCUCUCUCACUUCAGAGGUUUCUUAGCGAAGCGGCCAGAAAGAACACGGGACAUCUUGAAAGCCUGUGUAGGAGGAAGUCUCAUCGUGAGCCUAAGGGAGCAAGAAGAUUCACUGACUUGAGAAUUCCUCCACCUAGUAGUGCUCCAACAAUGGCAAAAAGGAAAGCUAAUUGGUCGCGGGACAUUUGGAAGUGUAUAUGUAGCUUCCAACAGGAAAUUAAAGUUCUUAGCAAUCUCAAGCAUCCAAACAUUGUACAAUAUUUCGGAAGUGAAAUAGUUGGUGACAAGUUUUACAUAUAUCUUGAAUAUGUCCAUCCCGGUUCUAUCACUAAGUUCAUCCAUGAUCAUUGUGGAGCAAUUACAGAAUCUGUGGUUCGUAAUUUCACCCGUCAUAUCCUUUGUGGGUUGGCUUACUUGCAUGGAACGAAAACCAUACACAGGGACAUUAAAGGUGCUAAUUUGCUCGUGGAUGCAUAUGGUGUUGUCAAGCUUGCUGACUUUGGGAUGUCUAAGCAUCUCUCUGGACAGGCAGGACAUCUUUCUUUGAAGGGAAGUCCAUAUUGGAUGGCGCCUGAGCUCUUGCAAUCAGAUAUACAAGACUCUGAGUCUGACCAUGCUUUAGCUGUUGAUAUAUGGAGUUUGGGUUGUACUAUAAUCGAAAUGAUGAAUAGGAAACCACCUUGGAGUGAGUAUGAAGGACCUGCAGCCAUGUUCAAGGUCCUAAGGGAAUCACCACCAAUACCUGAUUCACUAUCGCCCAAAGGGAAAGAUUUCUUGCAGUGUUGUUUCCGCAGAAACCCAGCUGAGAGGCCAACUGCUAGCAUGUUAUUAGAACAUCAAUUUGUAAAGAACUUGCAUAAAUCAUGCCUUCCCCAUGGCAUCCAGUCUCUUGAUGUGUUGAAACUGACGGACAAUCUGAAGCUGAAAAGAGAGGGUCGAAGAUAGAAGAAAUAUAAACUAGGCCAACUUUCUACAAAAAGCCCAAGGGAGUAAGCUGAGCUGUGAAUUCUAGACCUGCCCACAUUUUAUCUUCACAUUGUGAGCUAUACAUGUCUUACGUGAAUAGAUUCUCGAGACCAUUCAGGCACUUUAUCCGACCCCAUGUGACAACGAUCAGAGCUUUAUCAGCUUCAGCACUUUGUAGAUGGCUUGCAGGCUGCAGCCAUAGGGACUGAAGUUGGAGCCACUGAGCACAGUAACAAAGUUCCAAUAAAUGCCGCGGUGGACAAACAAAUUCAAGCUUGACAGCCAAAAUGAAUGAAGAUCACGAGG